CCAGACACCAGCCCACUAGGCUUCUCGUGCUCAGGAUACGCGUGCGCACGCACGCACGCACGCACACACGCACUCAAUCAUAUCUCAAGCUGGAGUCAGACUGAGGAAACAGAAUGCCAGGGAAGGAAGCGUUGAAGUCAGGGGGAAAGCAGAUUUCUCCUCAAGUCGACACAGCACCUUUUCUCUGAGAGGGCAGAGGAUCUUCAGAGUUGCGACACCCAAGAAGAUUAAGUAGUUGCUACUUCACAAAACGGAAACAAAAGUACCAUUUUAGAUUCAGUUCAUUCGACGCCUUUCCGAGGAUAUCAUCAACCACUGGAACGGGAAUUCCACAGAAGACAUUCAUCAGGAGGAAAUUCUUGAAAUUCUCUUCAUCCCUGACUUUGCACCUCUCCAACUUUAGGUCCCUUCAGUUUCUGUGGUAUCAAAGUGCCGGAGAACACAUCAACGGGUUCGAUUCCACGAAACAUGAGUCUGUCACGAAACGGCACAUUGGAGAAGACAUCGGAGCCGCCCCACUCUGAACCCAGCUCCCCCUCAAGAGGGGCCGGGGCGGUGGUGCCCCCACCGUACUCCACGGGAGGGAGCGAUGGCCCCGACCCCCCACUGGAGUUGAGGGGCUCUCUGGAUUGCUGGGCCUGCUCCGUCCUGGUCACGGCUCAGAAUCUGAUCAUCGCGGCAAUAAACGGCUUGUUGGCCGGCAUCGUGUUUGGCACCAUCCUCACCCCAGCGCUCGUCAUGAUUAUAUUUGGCUUCCUCUGCCACUCUACGGUGCAGCCGCAUGGUACCUCAGUGUACUGUUCAGACCUGCUGGACGAUGCGGGCUGUGUUGCGCUGCUGGUCGUCGGCUUUCUCCUGCUCACGCCUCUGCUGGUCCUAGCCCUGGCUGCAUUCUGUCGCCUGGCUCGCCACCUCCAACUGGGCAUGUGCUUCAUUCCUUACAGCAGGGCCGUGUACAAGAACCUACCACCCGCUCGCAGCAGGGAUGCCGGAGUGGCCGGCUGCUGUGGAAUGCCCGAAGCUUCGGAGACGGAGGGGAAGGGCAGCGUUUGGGUGUGAUGAGAAGUGACCUCUGAGACCGAGGUUUGAUUUUUUAUUUUUUUUUUUAAUGUAGGCUAUCCCUGCUUAAUGAAGUGGGUCAUCGUUUUUUUAAUCGGUUGUAACACUCGAUCCACUACAGUUCGUCAUUGCAAAUGGAUGAUUAGCUAAAAGAUUUGUAUACUAUUUCUGUAUUUUAUAAGCUAUUUUUUCCAAUAAAACCUUACUCUGAUGUCCAGACUUAUAUUGAAUUGACAGUGUAUAAAAAGUGGAGAAAAGAUGUAUUCUACUGUUGUAAUAGACUAUGAGUAGAAAACGAAAUUGCAUAUACCCUAUGUUCAAGCGGCGUCAAAUGACAACAUUGUUUGCAAAAAUGCGCAUGUCCAACAUGCUAACGGUGGACAUAUUUUCAUUGAAAUUGAAUUUGACAAGAAAUUGGCAUGUUGACACCAUACAUGAUGUAUUCAUCACAAAUCAUUCUUGUUGCCAAUAACACUUCUCCUAAAUAAGGCCAUGGAGGGGAAUAUCUUGCUUCCCUGAAACUGUUGCCUAUAACACGUCAUGGUUCACAUUCCUCCAUGUCAUUGCUAGCCCACUGCCUUUUUAUUUUUUUUUGGCCUUUCCAGGUCGCCAACUUUGGUUUUUUUUUUUACUUUUUUUUUCAUGUCAUCCAUGGAGGUUUAAAAACUUAACAAGCCUACUUUUGACGCAGUAAGCUGUAAAAUAUAGAUACUGGUUUUCAUAUAAGAAGUUCAAGCAAAAAGUCAAAAGGGAAUACACAAUACAAGUAAAUAUAACCUUAAAAUUCUACUUCGGCACUGUUACAAAGUACGGAAUUACUUCUUACGGCUGACUAUUUAUUUCUUUAACAUUGUGACUGUAGCUUGCACUGGUGUCCAACUCCACUGAACCAUCAUUCACUUUUUUACUAAAACUGGAACAUCUCGCCCAUUGAUUGUUGGAAAUUGAAACGGUAAGUUAUGACGCAAAAUCUGUUUGUUUUUUUUACUUUUACGGCCACUAGAUGUGCUCCUAAAACUUGACGUGUGUCGUCCCCAGACUCCUCAUGGUGGGG